AUGUCUGUUCUACUCAGACAUUUCCGCCACACCGCUACACCAGUGAGAAGGUUCCAAAUUCCACCCUGCGUCUACAACCGAUCCUCAUGGACGAGAAUCAGACAUCUUGCUAUUCUUCAGGCUCGCAAUGUGCAUCAAAAUCACACAAUUCGAACGAUAUAUUCAUUCUCUUUCAAGGACAGCCUCCAAGUUCUUCCGGCUGGCGAGCCAGCAACCGAGUUUCCUCUCAGUCCUCGAUACUGUAUUCCAAACAAAACAGCCCUCCUCAAUAUCCUUAUUAAUCUCAAUUUACACAAAGUAUCCACGUAUCAACUCGGAAUUUGCGAGCAAUAUUUGUACUGCUACUCUUUUCCAACGCGCUCGUCGAGCCACAUCAACAUUGGGAACAGUCUCACAAUUGCUAUUGACGACAUAAACGAUGGCUCACUACACCUGGUCGACGGCCCAGUAAACCCUUUCCACCGCGGCAUUAUGAAUCGACGCUUGUACUGCUUCGAUGUGGUUUCAAAAAUUGGCCACUGCGAACUUGCUCAUGGGAGAAUCUUGGCAUUAGUUGUUGGCCUCAUGGUAUUCAUAGAGGGAGAUAAACAUGUCUUCACACAUUGGGUAGUUGCUCUGGAUAGCAAUGGCAUUCUCUGGGCAUUCCACUCCGACGGAGUCGAUGAGAGGGAGUGUGAUCGAUGGGUCAUUGAUGAAUGGGAUCGGGACGACGAUGUGCCGCCGGAAUAUCCAGAAUUACCAGUGACAGAUUACAGAAAGGUUCUGGACUUGUUUGGUCCAUACGACUCCCCAUUGGUCAGACUUGGUCCGUUAAGAACUGUUGUUGGUAAAAAGGGUGGCUUACAACCUGAAAUUGCAUCCGGCGUUACGAGCUGGACAUGCUUUUGGGUACCUUCUGAACCAGAGCCGGAGGAGAAAGCGGGCAAAAAGUCCUACGACAUGAGUCCCGCGGAGUUAGGUGCUGAGGAUCUAGUCGAGUUAGAUGGCUUAUCCGUUGACCCAUCACGAGAAUGA